CUGGCCGACCAAAACGCCCCGGCAAGACCGAUCCAAGCCGUCACGCCGCGCCGUGCAUUCCCCGCGAAAUUCCUUUAAAAUUCCCCUCCCAGCUCGCGCUACCCGGCACAGAUCAUUCGCAUCACCUUUCCCCUCCUCCCGAUUCUUCAGAACACAUAGUUCGAGGCGCGCGAGAUCGGCAAUGGCGACGGCGGCGCCAGCAACGCAGCACGAAGUGGCGGUGGCGCCGCAGCAGCAGGACGUAGAGCACGAUCAGAUCCGUGUCGACGAGGAGCAGCCUCUCCUGGCGAAGCGAUCGCCCGCCGUCCUCCGCGAUGGCGACGGCAACGGCGGGAUGAGCCCGAUGCAGAGGGCGAUCAGCCAGACGUACCAGAGCACGGCGCACCUGGCGACGCUGCUGCCGACGGGCACCGUGAUGGCGUUCCAGCUCCUCUCCCCGAUCGUCACGAACAGCGGCCACUGCCUCCCUUCCAACCGCGCCAUGGAGACCGCGCUCGUCUCGCUCUGCGCGCUCUCCUGCUUCGUGCUCAGCUUCACCGACAGCUUCCGGGACGGCAAGGGCGCCGUGCGGUACGGCUUCGCCACGCUCCGCGGGCUCUGGGUCAUCGACGGCGGCGCGCCGCUCGACGCGCAGGCCGCCGCGUCGUACCGGCUGCGGUUCCUGGACCUCGUGCACGCCGUCGUGUCCGUGAUGGUGUUCGCCGCGGUGGCGCUGUUCGACCAGAGCGUGGUGUCCUGCUUCUACCCGGUGCCGUCUGAGGACGUGAGGCAGGUGCUCACGGUGCUGCCAAUAGCCAUCGGGGUCGUGGGGAGCAUGCUCUUCGUCACCUUCCCGACCACGCGUCACGGCAUCGGUUUUCCCCUCUCCAAGCACUGAUAUUGGAUAUUGGACUGCUCGUCUUACUGUAAUCGAUUCUUCUGCGUUCUCUCACGGCCUAAGAUUCAUUCAGCCCGUUUGGGUACUUAAAUAUGGUGAACUUGUGUAAGAUAAAAGCCGACUUCUUUCUAAGUCGAUAUUGGUUGAUACAUGCUUUCAAGUUCAACAUUAAGCGCGAUUUGAGAAGAAACAAAAGGUAAUGAUGUGAUUAUUUCUCAGUUAA